ACAACAAGUAGGUGAAAGGUUAAAUAGUGGCCAUAGGAGGCGCUAGAGUUUCCGAGCAACAAUUCUUAACGACGAAGAGCGAAGACGAGCAGAUACCUUAGUGGCUACCAACUUCAGUUUAGCCAGGGGGUUCGGGCUCUGCAGCCAGUCGGUCAUCAGGGCCAUGUCGUCGUCAGACGGUCCGACCCCGCCUUACACCACCCUCGCCAUCAGCCGCCCAGCAGAUGCUGUCACUCAUGUGGAGCUUCACCGCCCUAACAAGCGAAACGCCAUGAACAAAGCUUUCUGGAGUGAGAUGGUGGACUGCUUCAACGAGAUCGCCGAUGAUCCCGACUGCAGAGUGGUGGUGUUCUCUGCCGCAGGAAAGGUCUUCACGGCAGGUAUCGACCUGAUGGACAUGGCAGGUGACAUACUGCAGCCUGAAGGUGACGACACGGCCCGGAUUUCUUGGAACAUCAGGAAGACCAUCACCAAGUACCAAAAUACUUUUUCAGUCAUAGAGAGGUGUCCAAAGCCUGUGCUGGUGGCCGUCCAUGGUGCUUGUGUGGGGGGAGGUGUCGACCUGAUCACCGCCUGUGACAUCCGCCUGUGUACCCAGGACGCCUGGUUCCAAGUCAAGGAAGUUGACGUUGGACUCGCAGCCGACGUGGGAACUCUGCAGAGGCUUCCUAAAGUCAUCGGCAGUCGCAGCCUGGUCAACGAGUUGGCUUUGACUGCGAGGAAGAUGCACGCCGACGAGGCCAAGAGUACAGGACUGGUCAGCCGGGUGUUUGCAGACAAGGAGGCCAUGAUGACGGGCGCACUGGAGAUGGCGGGGGAGAUCGCCGCCCGCAGCCCCGUCGCUGUGCAGGGAACCAAAGUGAACCUGGUCUACUCCAGAGACCACAGUGUGGCAGAGGGUCUUGAGUACAUGGCCGCUUGGAACAUGAGCAUGCUUCAGACUCAAGAUGUGAUGAAGUCUGCUCAGGCCUCCAUGGAGAAGAAGAACAUCAAGACUGUCACUUUCUCCAAACUGUGAGCUAGGGGCUCUUUAGAGGGGUGUUCUGUCCAAAGAUCUGAAGGUUUUGGGUUGACAAACUAUUUACUAAAAUAAGCUAAAACAAAUUAGUGCAGAUUGUCAAUCAUGUAACUUGUUUCUCAUUUUCAACAAACAGUCAACCAGCGGUGUAUAAAUAAAUGUUUUUGUAGGUGUGGGUAGCUGCAAUGUGCCAAAUUCAGUGGCCUGACUUUGUUUUUAAUCAAGUGUAUUGAUUUUCAUUUUUGUAAAAUACUGUAUGUAUAUGAUGUGAAUGUUUUUAUUAAUCUAUUAAAAGCUUCUGCAAGUAA